AUGAACGACGGACCACCAAGACCAGGUGCUCGAGGCGGACAGGCCGAGUUCAGAUGGGACGCUGUCAAGCAAGAUGAGAAACACCGAGAGAACUACCUCGGUCACACCGUAAACGCCCCAGCCGGCCGAUGGCAAAAGAACAAGGACGUGCACUGGUACGCUCGCGACAAGGAAUCAGCAGACGAGAGCGUUGCUACGAAGCAAAGACGGGCGGAGCUCAAAGCCCUGAAGGAAGCAGAGGAGGAGGCGUUGAGUGUGGCGUUGGGGUUUGCGCCCAGUGUGAAGAAGGCGGAGGCGGAUGAGGAGGGGGUUGCGGUUGGGCUGCCGAGGGGUGCGAAGGAUGAAGAGAUUGAGAGGCUGGAGAAAGAGGAGAGGAAGAGGGAGAAGGAACUACGGAAAGAGCAUCGGGCUCUACAGCGCGCCGAGCGAGAACUUAGGCGGGAAGAGAAGGAACGGGAGAGGGAGGAGGAGAAGCGAUCAAGGCGGCGGGACGAUCGCUCGAGGAGCAGAGAUAGGGACGAUAGGAGGGAUCAUAAGCGGGGAAGGGAGAGGGAUGAGCCUGAGAGAUCGGAUCGGGUCAAGAGGGAACGAACAUACUCGAGGUCGAGAGACAGGGAGAGGGACAGGGAAAGGAGACCGAGGAGCGAUGAUAGGGACAGGGACAGGAAUCGAGAUGGGAGAGGAGACGACCGCCGGGAGAGGGAGAAGGAGCGGGAUGGAGGUCGAGGCGAUCGUGUGAAGGUGGAACGGGACGAUGAUGGGGGAAGAAGUAGGCGGGACAGAAGCGAGGUGAAGUUGGAGAGAGCCUCGAGGUCGCCUGUACUGGGCUUGCAGGCCAUCGUAGAAGAGCUGUAG